AGUGGCUGUGAAUCAAUACCAAUUUCGGUGCUGGUCUUCUUAUCCUUUACAUAUGGUGAGGAGAGGAAGAAGUAAGGGAUAAAAGAGAGUCGAAGAGGAAGAGGCAACACUUGCUGAACGAUCGAUUGGAAGAAGCCAUGGCUAGGCUAGUUGUGUUGCAGCAAGCUUCCCCUCAAAGCCCAAAGCUUUCUUCCUUACUCCCUUCCUCAUUAUCCGAAUUCAAUGGCUCAGCUUUCAGAAUCGCAAUCAAGAGUAGAAGGAAAGCUUUGCAACCAAAUGGAAGUUUUCAAGUCACUGCAUCUAGUGCUAAAAAGAUUCUAAUUAUGGGUGGCACUAGGUUUAUUGGAGUGUUUCUCACCAGGCUCCUAGUGAAAGACGGGCAUCAGGUGACCUUGUUUACUAGAGGUAAGGCAUCUAUCACCCAGCAAUUGCCUGGAGAAUCAGAUCAGGAGUAUAAAGAGUUCAAAUCUAAGGUCUUGCAUUUGAAAGGAGAUAGGAAAGACUCUGAGUUUGUAAAGUCAAGUCUUGCAGCUGAGGGCUUUGAAGUUGUUUACGACAUAAAUGGGCGUGAAGCUGUUGAAGCAGAACCUAUUUUGGAUGCUUUGCCAAACCUGGAGCAGUAUAUAUACUGCUCAUCAGCUGGAGUAUAUCUCAAAUCCGAUUUGUUGCCUCACUUUGAGUCUGAUGCAGUUGAUCCAAAGAGCAGGCACAAGGGGAAGCUUGAGACAGAGAGCCUGUUGGAUUCAAAGGGAGUGAACUGGACUUCUCUAAGACCUGUCUACAUAUAUGGGCCAUUGAACUACAAUCCAGUAGAAGAGUGGUUCUUCCACCGCCUAAAAGCUGGUCGUCCCAUUCCAAUUCCCAACUCUGGAGUUCAAAUCACUCAGCUUGGACAUGUUAAGGACUUGGCUGAUGCUUUUGUUAAGGUGUUGGGCAAUCCUAAAGCAAGCAAGCAAGUCUACAACAUUUCUGGAUCAAAAUAUGUUACCUUUAAUGGUUUGGCUAGGGCGUGUGCCAAGGCUGCAGGGUUUCCUGAACCAGAGAUCAUUAACUACAACCCAAAGGAAUUUGAUUUUGGGAAAAAGAAAGCCUUUCCAUUCAGAGAUCAGCACUUUUUUGCUUCAAUUGAGAAAGCACAAGCUGAGCUGAAUUGGAAGCCAGAGUUUGGCUUAAUUGAUGGUCUUGCAGACUCAUAUAACUUGGACUUUGGUCGAGGAACUUACCGCAAAGAAGCUGAUUUCUCUACAGACGAUAUAAUUCUUGGCAAGUCUCUUGUCCUUCAGAACUAACCUACCCUUUCUUUAUCAAUGUAAAUUCAGUUAUUUCUGAAACCAAAGUUCAUAAAAAUUUCAAUAAAAUUUUCAGUAAACUAUAGAUUUUCUGCAUGCAUUGAGUUCAUUAUGUAUUGUUA